AUGAACCGACUGCUCACUCUCCUCUGCUUCAUCGCUCUCUUAGUUUUCAUCAACGCUGUGCCAGUAUAUGUUCCGGCAUACUAUAUACCGCACCUCCGACCGAGACGACAAUUUGGCUUCGGAAUGCCUGGAGGUUUUGGUGGUGGCAAUGCGUACGGUAACUCCUUUGGAUUCAGCGAAAGCGAAAGCUUCAACGCUUACGACCAAGGCUUCAACACCGGCUUUGUCGGAUUAUGA